AUGCUGCGACGGCUGUAUUCCACGAUUCUUGGGGCUCCGACGGGCAAACUUGCCAAGAACAUCGCCGAUCUGUCAACGACAGAGCUGCUCAUCAAGGCCGGCUACGUGAGCCAGCCCAGUGCCGGGCUGACCCAUUGGCUUCCGCUGGGGCUGUCUACGAUCCGCAACAUCGAGGAGAUCAUCCGCAAACACCACGACAGGGCCGGGUGCCAGGAGGUGUCGUUGUCUGUGAUGUCCCACCAGUCGCUGUGGGACAAGACCGGGCGCUGGCAGAACGACGAGCUGUUCAAAGUUGGCGAUUUUUGUCUGGCUGCCACGGCAGAGGAGGAGAUGACACAGCUGGUCCAGCGGACGGCCGACAGCUACAAGAAGCUGCCUGUGAUUGCGUACCAGAUAGGCCGCAAGUACAGGAACGAAAAACGGCCGCGUGGCGGGCUUCUGCGCGGCCGGGAGUUUGUGAUGAAGGAUGCGUACUCGUUCGACGUGGACCAGUCCAGCGCGCUGCGGUCGUUUGAGAAAAUGAACCAGGUGUACUACGACAUUUUCAAGGAGCUGAACGUGCCGUUUGUGAAGGCCAAUGCGGACUCGGGCGCGAUUGGCGGCGACUUAAGCUACGAGUGGCAUUUUCUGAGCGAGUCGGGCGAGGACACGCUUCUGGAGUGCGACGCGUGCGGUGUUGUGGGCAACGUCGAGCGGGUGCGGCCGCACGUCGCCGAGGGCCGUUUUGCCGACGAGGCAGCGGUGAGCCACCAUUUGACGCGGGACAACGAUCUGUGUCUAGUUUACUAUCCCAAAGGCCGGACGGUGAACUUCAAGUUCCUAAAGGACGAGGAUCUGGUGGAGUUGCGCACGGACGUGAGCUCGGAGGAGGCGGUGCGGACGUACAGGCAGUUUGGCGACGACGAGUUCAGGAACAUUGUGCGGAUCAUGGACGUUGGCGUCGGCCCCGGCACGCUGCUACCGGACCUGGAGGUGGCGUAUUCGCGGUCGCGGAUGACCACCUUCGAGGGCGUUCCGCUGACGGCGGCGCAGGCCGGCGACGGGUGCGCGCUGUGCGAGGCGGGCAAACUGCAAAGUUUCAGGGGAAUCGAGGUCGGCCACACGUUCUAUCUGGGCAAACGGUACAGCGAGCCGCUGGACGCCGGGUUUGUGGACUCUGAGGGCCGCAAACAGCACUACGAAAUGGGCUGCUACGGCAUCGGCGUGAGCCGGCUGGUGGCGGCCAUUGCAGAGGUCACCAGGGACGCAGACGGUCUGCGGUGGCCGGCCAGCGUGGCACCUAUCCAGGUGGACAUAGUGGUGGCUGGGUCGUACGCGGGCGACCUUGGCGCCGUGGAAGAGUUCUGUGCGCAGCUGGACGGGCUGCGGUACCGCGUCGACGCCACAGAGGGCCAUCUGGGCGAGAAGCUGGCGCGGUCGAAGCGGCUGGGCACGCCUGUGCAGGUGAUUAUCGGCAAACAAUACCCCAAGAUCGAGAUCGAGCUGCGCGGGCUCCGUCGCGACCUCGGGAAGCUCGAGUCGGAAAUCCGGCAGCAGCACGGCGUCGACAAGCUGGUCGUUGACGUGGAAAAAGGACCGCAAACGGUGCACAAGCUACUGAGUGUCAUGUAA